AGGACAGGGGCACCCGGCCCCCCGGGGGCAGCCAGCAGGGAGCCAGCCCCGGAGACCCCCCCCCCCCCCCGGUGGAGAGACACAGGUCACAGACAGGCAGAGGGGGAGAGCAGACGUGGGAGGGGGCGUCAGAGGCAGAGGGACCAGACAGCCAGACAGAGGGAGCGACAGCUCGGAUCCAGGGACAGGGACAGGGGACGAGGGAGCAAAAGAGGGGACGGGAGAGAGAAAGGAGAGAGGAAGGGGGGAGAGGGGUCCCAGUGGAGGAGGAGGAGCAGGGGGAGGGCAGCAGACAGAGGCCGGCAGCCUUUGAAGAAGGAGCAGCCGCGUCCCCAGGGCUGGGGUCAGGCCAGGUCGCCGGGCCGGCGGCAUGAGUGGCUCUGCCCUCCUGAGGAGAAGUUCCAGCAAACGGGGCCUGGAGAACCUCGUGAGGCUCACGACUCAGCGGAGCGCGGAAGAUGAGGAGGAGGCCGCCCGCGAGCGUCGCCGCCGGGCGAGGGACAGGGAGCUUCGGGCCCAGGACGAGGACGGCGGCCAGUCCCCCGAGCCGCCGGAGCGGGAGAGCCUCCUCAGCCUGAAGCCCUCAGAGGCCCCUGAACUGGAUGAGGACGAGGGUUUCAGCGACUGGUCCCAGAAGCCAGAGCCACAGCGGCAGCCCUGGGAGGCCGGGGGGGCCUCCAACAGCGGGGAGCCCCCUCGGAGCGAGAGUCCGGAGGGGCAGCAGGAGGAGAACAGGCCCCAUCAGCAUGCCUACGGGAGUCAGGGUGGUGAUGAGCAGAGUCCAGCCAGAGUCAGCCUGGAGGAGUUGCAUCUGAGCCCCAGCUCAGAGCUCCAGGACGGGCCGGGAACAGAGGAGACAGAGCCCAAGAGCCCAGAGGGGACCGUCCAGGGCAGCCUGGGGCCGGCAGAAGCCGAAGAGGCAGACGAGCAGCACCAGAAACACCAGCAGCCCAGGACGCCCAGCCCCCUGGUCUUGGAGGGUGCUACCGCACAGGGCUCACCUCCCCUGAGCCCCAGCACCAAACUCAUCGACAGAACCGAGUCCCUGAACCGCUCCAUCAGGAAGAGUAACAGUGUGAAGAAGUCCCAACCAGCCUUGCCCAUCUCCAAGAUUGAUGAGCGACUGGAGCAGUACACACAGGCCAUUGAGACUGCUGGCCGGACCCCCAAGCUAACCCGCCAGCCCUCCAUUGAGCUGCCCAGCAUGGCUGUGGCGAGCACCAAGAGCCGGUGGGAGACAAGAGAAGUUCAGGCUCAGUCCACUGCCAAGACCCCCUCUUGCAAGGAUAUCGUAGCUGGAGACAUGAGCAAGAAAAGCCUCUGGGAGCAAAAAGGAGGCUCCAAGACAUCAUCGACAAUUAAGCAGAGCACUCCGUCUGGAAAGAGGUACAAGUUUGUGGCCACCGGACAUGGGAAGUAUGAGAAGGUGCUUGUGGACGAGGGCUCGGUGCCCUAGGCUGCCCUUCUUGCUUUCCUGAGACUGCAGACAGCUCGGGAAGCACCCUCCGCCCUCGCAGGGGCAAGUCCAGCCAGACGCCCACCCCGGCCCUGCCAUGGGAGCCGCUGCCGUUGCCUGCCUGGCCUGCCCGCGCCCGGCCAACACCCACCACCAUCGCCGUCUCUCUACUCCUCGACCCCCCGACUGCUCUCCCCUCCCGCUCUCUGACCCCCACUCUACCUCGCACAGCAGGGGCAGGAAAGGGACUCUCACUGGUGAUUGACCAAAGGGGCCGCCCCCCCAGAGACCAAGAGUCCCCGAGGAAGGCCCAGCCUGGGCAGAGAGAGGACACGUGCUGGGGGACCUCCAGGUCGAGAGACACCAGCGCCUGCACCGCAUUCUCAGGCCCUGCCCCCUCCCUGCUCCCGGCUUGCAGCCUUGUCCUCCGUGUGCAAUAAAGCUCCUUGUGUGUUCCAA